AUGGGUAUUCUUACUGGUCGUGCUGAAGGUAUGAAAUUAUUACCAGUUUCUGAUCUAGCAUUUAUUGGUAUUUUAACAGAUUAUGCUAAAGGUAUGACAACAAGAUCCUUAACACCAACAAUUCAUUAUACAGUUGAAUUUGAGAAAUAUGAACAAAUACGUGGUACACCGAUUAAUAAUGAUGAACCACAUUUUCAUUAUAUGCAAACAGGUAGUGGUGGUCAGAUAACUGAUCCAAAAACACAUAAAUUAGUUGCUGCACCUGAACCAAAACGUUUACAAGUAGGUCAACUAUAUUUAGCAUUACUUAAUGAACCACAACAAAUUAAACAACUUGUUGAAAUUACAGAAGAUGAUGUGGAUGAAUUACGACAAGCAGCAUUACAAAAGUAA